CCGGACACGUUAUAAAUCACUUCACUAUUGUUGAUUUCAACAAAGUAACAGAUGUACACUGAGUAAAUAUAAGUAUACUUCAGGCUAUAUAAACACGGAAUAUAUUCAUACUGCUGCAUUCAACAUACACGUCAGUUUCCGGACUCGGACCUGUGCUUUUGGUUUUGAAAAAAGAAAAAGAAAACAUGUCGAAACAUCAACUUCUCGGGGCAUUAUUUCUUGUAGCACUAACAGUUGAAGUGACACACGGCUGCAUGUGCAUGGGGACAUUGGAGGAACGAGUUGAAAGUGCUGAUUUUGCUGCGCUCGCUAAAGUAACAUCAGAUGUGAUUUCGUCACCAAAAGGACUUUAUUACGAAAUUGACAAUAAAUGUGUCCUGAAGACGCCGUACGGGACGGAUGUAGGAAGGGCGUAUGCGACAGAUCGACUGAGGCCCGAUGGUGUGAGGACAUCCUGUGAUGGGUCGAACUUGGAAAAAGACAAAGUUUAUUUGAUAAUAGGUCGCUUAUAUAACAGGGCCAAUCCAGAUACCGACUCUGUGCUGUAUUCGGGGUGUGGCGGCUUUGUUGUAGAAUGGGACACCGUGAACUCGGACUUCAAGAAUGAUUUGAAAGAGAUGCUAUCUUUUGAUAACUGUUAAAGUGCAAAAUAUAACAUAUUUAACACA